CUGUAUUUAAAACCUGGUAUAUGAAUAAGACAAUGUAAAUAACAUACAACAUAUACACUACUUUAUAUAAACAAACAUAAACACUGUAGUAGGUAAUGAUAAUAACCCUUAGUAACCAAACUAAAGAUACAGUACAUGUAAGCUUCACUCGCGUCGUAUUGUUGUUUGAUCAUUACAACGUUAACGAAUAUAAUUUCUGUUAAUUAUUAUGAAGUUGCAAGAAAGUAUUAAUUUUAAUACUUAUUUGGCAUACAAACCACCAAAAAAUAUUGAACCAGAUAGAAAAUUAAUAUCGGAAUCUUUCGAUUGGGACGUUAAUCACCCGAAAUCACUUGCAGUAAUCUGUAUUGAAAAAUUAAGUGAAAACUGGAUGGGUAUGUAACUAAGGUUUUUUUGCAACAGACUGCACAGUAUUAAUAUUGUAACUUUGUGGCUAAUUUUCAGGAUAUCCAAAAUUAGAGCAUUUUACUGCGAAAGAUAAGGACUCAUUCUUACAAAUAUUGGAUACGCAGGUACCUCUGCAAAUCCUAGUGGAUAACAUUAAAAACGAUAUAUUUUGGAAAAGAUGUUAUAAAUCUCGAUGGACUGAUUCACCACUAAUUACAAAUGAAAAAAGAUGGAUAAAUGUUUUUAUGGAAAAACAUUAUGCAGAUAUUUUAGAAAAUAUGAACCCCCGUCAGUACGAUCCAGAAAAGGUUACUCUUCUGGUAAAGCUGUGUGGGCCGUUUAUCCAGUCGUUAAGCAUUCGUAGUUUGGUUCCGACGGAUAUUCCAGUACAGAGAACGGUUUCACCUGAAAUGGCCGAUCUAAUUACUAGCCAACAGCAGUCUGACACCAAGCCCCCGAAAAAGAACGAAAUUAUUACCAGAGACCACAUAUCUCUACACGCUGCUUUAGGAAGUUUAUCAAAUUUGGUCGAGUUGCAUGUUACAUAUCAACUUCGACAUAUAGACACAGAAUAUCGCAAAGAUCAAUUCCAAUUUACAAACAACGAUGCAAAGAAUUUAGCUCGUGGAUUAGAGAAGUGUUCUCAACUUAAAAUAGUAAGGAUUACUAGAAGUGAUAUGAAUUGUCAAAGGGUUAAGUAUAUUUUACGAGGACUUUCUGAUAGUCAAUAUUUGGAAACAUUGGAUUUUAGCCAUUGCAAAAUAGCAGACGAAGGGGCUGCUUCAGUAGCUAAGUUUAUAUUACGACAUGAAAAUUUACGAAGCCUUAUUUUAGCAGAUAAUGUAUUUGGUCCUCCAGGGAUUGAAAGUAUAGCACAUGCGCUGAACCAUGUUAACUGUUGUAUUCGCAAUUUGGAUUUGAGAUUAAACAGCAGACUUGGAUCGGAGGGCAUAGCUCACAUCGCAGUAACAAUAGCCAGAGGGUGUAAUUUGACAUCCUUGAAUAUAUCGGGAUGUGGCAUUAACGCCAUGCCCCUAACCAAAGCACCAGCAGGUGUAUGGUCAACAACGAGUGCUGAUAGUCCUCCGACUUGCGGCGACCUUUUAGCUAGAGCUAUUGGCUUAGCUAAAACACCUUUACGAGCUUUGGAUAUAAGUGUGAACGAUAUUGGAUCUGUAAGACUGAGUUACAAAUAUGUACAUCCAUGUAUACAUUGUGGCUAUUGUUGUAACUUAAUUUGUGGUUUAUAUUUUCAGCCAAGUGAUAACAGUUUGUCGAAUGCCAUUUGUCUUAGUUACUUGAUAGAUGUCAACCUCAAAAGAUCUGGAAUGUCGUCAAUGGCAAUGGCUAUAGGUGAAUCUGCUGCUGCAGCACAAAGGUUACGAAGAGAAGCAGAAAAGGGUAUUCGAUUUAGGAGAAGUGCUGGGAGAGUAUUGCAAGCCCGAAGAGUUGCUAAAGGAAUGAAUAUAGAUGCAGAUCCAGUAUUGUUAGCACAGCAACUCUCAGCUCGUGCUUCUAUAGUAUCGGUUACGUCAGAAGAUGGCAUUUACUGUAUGCAAACGCAGCCACUACCAGGAGAAUUUAGCUUUGUUCCUAUGAUGAAGAGUCCAUUACCAUCGUCAAGAACUUCGUCCAUUACUGGUCCUCCGACGUCAAGACGAUCCAGUCAUCAUAUGAUUAUAGAACCAGUAAAAGAAAUACGACGUAGUGCAUUAGUUCGUCGAGGUUCAGAUGGAUCAUUGUUGCAAUCACGCGGUGAAAGUGGCCCACGACACAUAAAAAUAUUUGUUUCCAAUGAGCUUGUUAGAUCUGAACAUUACUAGUCUUUAAGUCUUUAAGCUUAUCUAUCGUUUUUAUGAAACAAAUAAACC